AUGGAAUCAGAUCAUGAAGAUCUUGGAGGUGAAGUUUUCACAUGGGGCUCAGGUGAAAUGGGACAGCUAGGAUUUUCACCAAUCGAAGUCGCACAACUGCCAAAAGAUUCAGAAAGUUUUCCAUAUCAGCCUUUUCCAGUCCCAAUAAGAACUCUGUCAGGCUAUGUUAUCACCCAAGUAGCCGGUGGCGAUGGCCACUCGCUUGCAGUUACAAGUAAUGGCCGGGUUUAUUCAUGGGGUGCAAGUGCGUGUGGCCAGCUCGGACUAAGCGAUAUAGAUCAAAUGCCAAAAGAUUCUGAAGGAUAUCCCUAUCAUCCAGAGCCCAGACUUACAGAAGGACUUUUAGAUUUCAAAAUUGUUUUGGUUUCUUGUGGAGACGCACAUACAGCUGCACUCACAUCAGAAGGAAUUGUUCUUACAUGAGGUGGGGGAGGCUGUGGACAACUAGGCCAUCCAGAUACUUUAAAUAUGCCAAAAGAUGAUGAUGGAUGCCCGUUUCAGCCGGAGCCGAGGAUAGUGGACUCUUUAAAUGUAUCAAUAAAACAUAUAAGCUGUGGAAAAGCGCAUACAGUCGCAAUAAGUGAAGAAGGACUUAUGUAUACGUGAGGAGCUGGGGCAUGUGGACAACUGGGACAUCCGGAUACGUCGGUGUUUCCUUUGGAUGAAGAUGGGUAUCCAUAUCAUCCAGUCCCGAAAUUAGUAUCUGCACUUAGAGCUUAUAAGCUGAAAAUGGCAGCUUGUGGAGAUGUACAUACUCUGGCUCUAUCAGAAGAAGGAAGCUUAUAUUGCUUUGGGGGUGGGAGUUUCGGCCAAUUAGGUUUAGGAAACAUAAAAAACUUGCCUGUAGAUGUUGAUGAUUGCCCGUUUAUGCCGAUUCCUAAACAAAUAGAAACUCUUAAAAAAACAAAAAUUUCAUAUAUUGCAUGUGGAGAUUCUCAUAGUAUGGCUGUUACAGUAAAUGGAGAACUAUAUGGCUGGGGAGCUGCAGCUUGUGGGCAACUAGGCAUUGAAGAUACAGCCUAUUUACCAAAAGAUCAAGAAGAGUCUCCUUAUGAACCUUUGCCUAGACUGAUUACAGAGCUAAAAGGGAAAAUCGUUACUUCAGUCGCAUGUGGAGAAGCCCAUACUUUGGUACUCACAGACCGAGGAGUACUAUAUAGCUUUGGUGCUUCAAGUUGUGGGCAACUAGGACUUCUACAGCAAGAUCUCACAGACAACACAAAAAGAAGGAUUGCAAGAUCUAUACGAGACUCCGAACAAAAAUCAGUUAAUUAUCAGCCGACGCCUAAACUAAUAUCUCAAUUGCUAUCUAGAAAAGUUUUAGCUAUCGCCUGCGGAGGUGUUCAUAAUAUUGUUAUAGCAGAGCCAUCACCCCAAUCGCUUGCUGCAGAUUUGUAUUCUUCAUUCAAACAAGGGCUAUUUACAGAUGUGAAUUUUGUGUUUAAAGUAGGAUCAAGAGAAGAAAUCAUAAGUUGCCAUAAGAUUGUGCUUGCAAGUCGUUCUGACUAUUUUAAGCAAUUAUUAAAAAAUACGUCGACGAUAGAAAUGACGUAUUCAAAAGAAGCAUUCAGCAAAGUAAUUGAGUAUAUCUAUUUGGACGAUAUGGAAAUUCUACUGGAAACAAUAUCAUCUUGCAAAUCUUAUGACCAAGUUGUAGAACUCUUAGAAUUAGCAAAUAAUUUUAAAUUAAGUGAACUGCAAAAAGCCUGCCAAACCCAUCUAAUGCAAAUUUUAAGACCCUAUAUACCAGAUCCUUUGCCAAUAGACCAUGGAAAUAAUUUGAAAGGGCUAAUAUUCUUGCCUGAUGGGCGAGCUGCAAUUUUACCAUCAGCUGCUUAUCAAAGAAUGCUAUCAGAGUCCAUAAUGCUUGAUACUAGAGACCAAAAUUCUCCUGAAGUGGAGCCUAGGCUGUAUCCAUUGGGUAUGAAUUUGCUUAAAGAGCUAAAUUCUCCCGAAUUCAGCGAUGUCACUUUAAUUGUUGAAGGAAAGCCUAUUUAUGCUCAUAGAGUCAUAAUUGCUGCACAAAGUCAAUAUUUUUCUGCUUUAUAUAGCCAUGGAUUUCGAGAAGCUAGAGAAGGGAUAGUUGAAAUUGGAGAUGUUACAUAUAAUGGAAUGAUGAAUUUAUUAAGGUAUUGCUAUAGUGAUGAACUACAAAUCGACCUAGAUACAGUUCUUGAUUUGUUUACAUUGUGUGAAAGAUUUUCUGGGCUCAGCAAAUUUAUCCAAAACAUCAGGAAGCUGGCUUUGAGAAAAAUUUCUGAAAGUCGUUUUAGCAAGAAAACCAUGAAGUCUGUUUUUGGAAAAAAUAGUUAAGUCGAAUAAAAUAAACUUUUAAUAGAAAAUUUUAACCGACUUGCAAUGGUUUUCAUUUAAUAGACAUGGAUAAAUGGUAUGAAGUCGGAGAAGCAAAAUACUAGCGUGACUGAGAAAUGAAAAAUAGCAGAGUUGGAGAUAAGAAAUCUACAUAAGUCGCGAUCUUAGGUUAUCGGCAAGUUGGUGCUAAAAUUAACGGAAAUUUUGAUGAACCCUACCAAGUCUUCAAUAUAAAACCAAUACAAGUCGAGUAAUUAAAAUAUGAUCAGAUCAAUUAAUCUAAAUUUAAAAAAAAACACCAUUUUCUUAUAUUUUUUCGAUAAUGUAAAAUAUAUAUAAAUUUCAGUGUCGUGAUUAUGAAACCAUUUAUAGUAGAGAAAUUAAAACUGUAGCAGGUAGGCUAUGAGAAAUAUUAGGAAGUCGUUGCGAGUUUUAGUAUCCAAUAAAAUAAGUAUAGUCGAUUAAAAAAAAAAUAAUUAAAUUAAAAUCUUUGAUUGGGGGUCUUAAAAUAAGGCAUAUAAAAUUAAAUAUGAAUCCAAGAUUUACUCACCCUCUUUACGGCAAUUUCGCAGAGAUACUCAGAACUGAAGAUAACGCAAUAAAUUGGUGCCAAGAAGUGAAAAUAAUGCAGCCAAACAUUUGUGAUAUAUGCCAUAAUCCAUGACUCUCUUAUUGAAAUGGAGGAUCUAUGUUUCUACGUUGUACUUUAUGCAAUUUAAGUUUUUCAAUUCGAAGAAGAUCCAUAUUUUUCCCAAUCAAGACUCUCAAUAAGCAAGAUGGUUAGGUUAAUUUUCCAUUGUUUCGUCCGAGAACAGUCCAUGAUAACUAUUGUUGAAGACAGCGAAAUAUCAAAAGAUGCUGUUAUAAAGCUGUUUAAAAAGCUGAGAGCUUUAAUAAGUGAACAUGAGAUUGAAAAUUAUUUUACUGAUAAUCAGCUUGGAAUAGAAGAUGAAGAUGGCAAGAUCAUCCAACUGUAGAACUUGAUGAAACUCAUAUUAUGACUAUGGAUCAUGAUCCCAAAUGGCUAUUUCGGAAUUUUUUGACAGAGGAACAGAAGACUAUAGAUUUUACUAUGUAGGCAACGAUAGAACUUGGGAAAAUUUAUCAGGAUAUAUUCUAAAUGCAGUAUCAAACGAUCAAACGAAUGCUACAGAAGUAUUUACAGAUGGCUGAGCAGCUUACAGACAGCUUCCAACAUUAGGAUAUCGUCAUUCAAUUGUUUUUCAUAAUCAAGACUUUGGAAUUGGAAGGCAAACAACUAAUCAUAUUGAAAACGUUUGGAGCAGGCUAAAAAGACUAAAGGCUUAUAGAAAUGGUUUUCGCCCAAAAAAUGAAAAAGAUUUGGAUAAUUACUGUAUGUUUUUUUAUUGGCUUCUCAAACUAAAAAAUAUACCAGAAAGAAUAGACUCAUUGAUACAAAUUUUAAAUAUCUCUAAAUUUUAAUUUAAUUAUUUUUUUUAAUCGACUAUACUUAUUUUAUUGGAUACUAAAACUCGCAACGACUUCCUAAUAUUUCUCAUAGCCUACCUGCUACAGUUUUAAUUUCUCUACUAUAAAUGGUUUCAUAAUCACGACACUGAAAUUUAUAUAUAUUUUACAUUAUCGAAAAAAUAUAUAAGAAAAUGGUGUUUUUUUUUUUUUAAAUUUAGAUUAAUUGAUCUGAUCAUAUUUUAAUUACUCGACUUGUAUUGGUUUUAUAUUGAAGACUUGGUAGGGUUCAUCAAAAUUUCCGUUAAUUUUAGCACCAACUUGCCGAUAACCUAAGAUCGCGACUUAUGUAGAUUUCUUAUCUCCAACUCUGCUAUUUUUCAUUUCUCAGUCACGCUAGUAUUUUGCUUCUCCGACUUCAUACCAUUUAUCCAUGUCUAUUAAAUGAAACCAUUGCAAGUCGGUUAAAAUUUUCUAUUAAAAGUUUAUUUUAUUCGACUUAACUAUUUUUUUUCCAAAAACAGACUUCAUGGUUUCUUGCUAAAACGACUUUCAGAAAUUUCUCAAAGCCAGCUUCCUGAUGUUUUGGAUAAAUUUGCUGAACCGAUUUUCUGUGCCUGGAGUGAAACAAAGAGGCGAAUUCCAGCUUGUGCCCAGUUUGAGCGUUGAAAGAGCUGCACAACUGUUUAAGUAUGCCAAAAAUUUCCAAUGCGGACGGCUAAAGGAGAUUUGUUUAGUGUAUAUUGAAGAGCACUUUAAUCAAGUUAUUGGAACGCAGGCUUUCGAGGAUCUUGAUAAAGAUAGCAUUUUGGAAAUUAUGAGAUUUAAUAAAUGCUAUAGAUAA